AUGGGCGCUUAUCUUUUAGCAGCUUUGGGUGGCAAUCAGUCGCCGACAGCGAAGGACAUUGAACACAUUCUUGCCUCAGUUGGACUCGACGUUGAUAUGGAAGAUGCAAAUAAGGUCGUUUCUGCCUUGUCUGGAAAGUCUGUGGAGGAGGUGAUCUCUGCAGGUAUAACAAAAAUAGGAAGUGUACCAAGCGGUGGUGGUGGUGGUGCAGCUGCUGCGCCCGCGGCUGCUACGGCUAAAAAAGAAGAACCGCAAGAAGAAUCUGAAGACGAAGAUAUGGGAUUUGGUUUCAAAUCACUGGGUGAUCAAAUAGAAGUGAAUAAUGCUCGUUUGGACAGCCGUCAAAUACGCACGAAUUUUCGAGGCGCUCGAAUCCUAUCCUUUUACUAUAAGGGACCCCCGAGUCCUAUUCAACCGCCGAUCCACCUCUACUUGAGGGCAAUCCUAAUAGUAAAGAGUGGUGAGCCUCACAAUCAGCUUCGAGAGCAUUUGUUCCAUAUGCUGAAUUUAUCAGCACGUCAAAUCAUUAAAUGGAUACUAAGAAACACAACUAAGUCAACAGAAAGUUUAACACCGGAGAUUGUGUUGCGUCUUAUCACUGACGUAUGCCCGAUGUGGAUGGCUACACCGGAUCAAUGUCCAUUGCCAGAUCCUUACUGGGCAUUUUAUUGGCCUGGUGGACAAGCCUUAACACGUUUCGUUCUUGAUAAUCGAAAUAUGUUUGUGGGAAAGAAAGUUUUGGAUUUUGGUGCCGGUUGUGGUGCCACUUCGAUAGCUGCUGUGUGGAGUGAAGCAGAGCAUGUUCUUGUUAACGAUAUUGAUAUCAGUGCGAUACUUGCAUCUCGACUUAAUUUCAAAGUUAAUCGAACCUCACAUUCGCAUGUAACAUUCUCUAAUUUGAAUUUAUUACAUCCAGCCAAUGCUCCCAUAUGGUCCAACUUUAUCUCCGGGCAAAAAACAUUUGUGUUACUUGGUGAUAUGUUCUAUGAUGUUGACUUUGCAAGAAUUGUUUUGAAAUGGUUACAGAAAGUUCAAAACGAUGGCGAUAUAACAAUUUUAAUCGGCGAUCCCGAUCGAUAUCCACUCACCGAUCAAAACUAUCGCCAACAAAUCGGCAUUCAGUUCAGAAAACGUCUUCUUCAUGAAUACGCUCUUCCUGGUUACAUCACCAAACAACAUUAUGGUUUCACAUCAGCGAAAGUUUUUCAAAUCGAUCUUCUCUGA